CCCAGCUCCGGCCCGGGGCGAGUGCGUGCUGACGUCAUGCUGCGUGCGGGCCGGUGCGGAAUCGCUCCUUCAACUCCGCGGGGCAGGAGGAGUUAGUUAGCAAAGAGCCGAGGCUGGGCGCGCGACCUUCGUCCUUCUGCCUCUGGCCGCACGCUUUGCGCACAUCUCUUUUCUGCAUGGUGGAUAUUAUUUUUCAUUAUCCUUUUCUGGGUACUAUGGGGGAUCAUUCCAAGAAGAAGCCCGGGACCGCCAUGUGCGUGGGCUGCGGGAGUCAGAUCCACGACCAGUUUAUCCUGCGGGUGUCGCCUGACCUAGAGUGGCACGCCGCCUGCCUCAAGUGCGCCGAGUGCAGCCAGUACCUGGACGAGACGUGCACGUGCUUCGUGAGAGACGGGAAGACCUACUGCAAGCGGGACUACGUCAGGCUCUUCGGCAUCAAGUGCGCCAAGUGCCAAGUGGGCUUCAGCAGCAGCGAUCUGGUGAUGCGGGCACGGGACAGCGUGUACCACAUAGAAUGUUUCCGCUGCUCGGUGUGCAGCCGUCAGCUGCUGCCCGGCGACGAGUUCUCGCUGCGGGAGCACGAGCUGCUCUGCCGCGCUGACCAUGGCCUUCUGCUGGAGCGCGCGGCGGCCGACAGCCCGCGCAGCCCCGGCCCGCUCCCCGGACCCCGCGGCCUGCAUCUGCCAGACCCGGGGUCGGGCCGGCAGCCUUCGCUGCGCCCACACGUGCACAAACAAACAGAGAAGACAACCCGCGUGCGGACUGUGCUCAACGAGAAGCAACUGCACACUCUGCGGACCUGCUACGCCGCCAACCCGCGGCCCGACGCGCUCAUGAAGGAGCAGCUGGUGGAGAUGACCGGCCUGAGCCCGCGGGUCAUCCGCGUCUGGUUCCAGAACAAGCGUUGCAAGGACAAGAAGAAAUCUAUCCUCAUGAAGCAGCUGCAGCAGCAGCAGCAUAACGACAAGACGAGCCUCCAGGGACUGACCGGGACGCCCCUGGUGGCGGGCAGCCCCAUCCGUCACGAGAGCGCCGUGCAGGGCAGCGCAGUCGAGGUGCAGACGUACCAGCCGCCCUGGAAAGCGCUCAGUGAGUUCGCCCUCCAGAGUGACCUGGACCAACCCGCCUUCCAGCAGCUGGUUUCCUUCUCCGAGUCUGGCUCCCUAGGCAACUCCUCUGGCAGCGAUGUGACCUCCCUGUCCUCGCAGCUCCCGGAUACCCCCAACAGCAUGGUGCCGAGUCCCGUGGAGACGUGAGGGGGACCCUUCCCCGCCAGCCCGCGGACCUCGCAUGCCCCCUGCAUGAGACUCACCCAUGCUCAGGCCAUUCCAGCUCCGAAAACUCUCUCGCCUUUGUAAUUAUUAUUAUUGUUAUUUAAAGAGAGAGGACUGAGAGAAGCGGUCGGGACAGCUCAAAGCGCCGAGACGCAACCUGCUUUCACCAGACUGGAGAGACUUGCUCCGAGGACUUUUAUUUUUACAAAACCCAAAUUCGAGAUUUACUAGCGUUAGCGGCAUAAAUGCCUUCUGCCUUCUCCUCUCCCUUGCUCAGCUGGGCCGCUGGCGCUCGGCGCCCCCCGCCUACGUGCCCACGUCUGCGUGGAGAACGCGCAGGGCAAGUCCCAAGCCGGCUCAGCCCCAAGCUGGCCCCCGCGGGCGCCUGUGCCCACCCCGCCCCGCGCUCCCAGGUGGCUUCGCCGGGUUGUAGCCGGGCAGAGGAUUGGGGCGAUCCAAAGGAACGGACACUCAAUCCCCAAAGCGCAUGACUGCCGGACAAGAGUAGAAACGUGACUUUCCUUGAAAAUGUUUUAAAUUAUCAGUCGACGGAGGACAGAGUGUGUGAGCCUUUGCCGAACAAAACGUAAGUUAUUGUUAUUUAUUGUGAGAACAGCCAGUUCAUAGUGGAACAAAUAUUUUGAUCAUAAUAAAAAAAAUAACCCGAUGCGAUGCCGCUCUUGUGUGCUGUUGGCGCAGCGGGCGGGCAGGACGAAGACUGUGGGGGUUGGGACGUGCUGCGUCGAAAAAAAGGCUUGGCGGAGUCGGCCGCCUCGGCUCCGCAAGGGGCCCACAGCUCCAGCCCACGUGCCCUCGCGCGGCCAGGGGCGGGCCCGGCGGAGAUUGGGCGCCUCGCGGGGGGCGGGGCUGGGGCCCGGCGCUCCGUACGAACCGGGCGGCCCUGGGAGGCCCGGGGAGGAGUUUGAGCUCCCCGGUCUUCCCGGAAGCCGGCCUUCUCCCCACUCUCCUUCCAUCCCCCCGGCGUUUCACCGAGGGAGGCUGUGGGGAGACCUUGUUUGGGCGGGAAACGUGCGAUGCUCGGAUGGCAGCCGAUUGGCUCGCUAACGCGAGCGGUUCCAAAUCAGCCUUGCCUCAGAUCCUGGAACCGGACUCAGCCUGGCGCCCCCGAAGGUCCCCUCGACCCUCACUCCGUUUUCGACCGGGUGCCCUCGGGCCCCUGAGCUCCUUUUCCCGCGAGGCUGGAGGCCCGAACCCCUAACCCUGGGGCCCCUCGCCCGCCUGCCACCGCGGCCCAGCCACCGAGCGCGAGGCCGGCCCGAGGGCCCCGGGGCGAGCAAGGGGGCCCUGACGGCUUGUCCUCCGCGCUGUCCCAAGAGUGGAUGCGCGACGUGAUCAAUCUCGCUGCAUUUAUUAAUUCCCCAGUCUAGACAGAGGAGAGGGCCGGGCGGCGGCUCCUUAUCUGCAUUUGGCAUCACCUGCAAGCGAUACACUGAAGGAGCUACAACAAGCCCCCCUUAGGAUCGCGGCUGGCAGGGAAAAUAAGUCCACCCAGAACCAGUCUGGCGUGUCCUUGGUUUAUUUUCUUUCCAGACCCGAAAUGCAGGGGGCGGGGGAUGGUCCGGGUGGGAGGGGGCUGGGAAUGGCCCCUGGAUAUGCAGUGCCCAGGUCACUUGGUGUGACAUUUCAAACCCCUGCGACUUGUUUUCUUGAAAACUGGCUUUAGUGAUCGCAGGAAAUAACCAAGAGAUACUGAAUCUCCAGCAGGCCCCCGGGCUAGCACAAAAAAAAAAAAAAAAGGAAAAAAAAAAAAAAAAAAAAGAAAGAAAACCCGAGAGGCUCAGGUUUUACCCUUCACAAAUAUUUAACCCUUUGGCAGCCUGGGACAGUUCUUUUCCCAGAUCAGCCCACACUUGGUGGACUCAGGAAGUUGCUUGCCUACUAGUCAAUCCACUGCUCUGGAAGAAUCUCUGGCAUUAGGUUUCCUUGUCUCUCAAGUUAAAAAACCGGCAAGUUAUAUUCUUCUUUGACCAGGAAUCAUCUUGAAAGGGGGCAACGCCCUGGACGAGUAGGGGAUAGUUGCCAUCUUAGUGCCUGGUAAGGAAAAAUGUGUCUAAGGGGGCGUCUGUGGCUGCUGGAUAGAGAAGUUGGUACCUUCUGUUAAAAAGCCUUGGGCUGCUUGAAGGAGGCCACUGCAGGUGUUGAGCAGAGCUGAUGGCAGAAUUCCAUCAGCGGGUUCCUCCCCUUCCCCCCAUCAGAGGCAGUGGGCUGGGAGACAGGCUGGCCAGUAUUGAAAGAAAAUGGGGAGGAGGUGGGAAAAUCAGGCCACUUUUAGAUUUUACUUCCUGAAAGUCAAGGUGAUGCUAACACAAAAAUUAAAGAGAACAUUCCCCUUCUUCAGGGUUUAGGAAAUGGUGCUGCAAACUUAGAGAUAAGGAAAGAGCUAUGUAGGGUUAAUGAGGACCAGCUUUACCUCUCAAGUGCCCAGAAACGGUUUUAAUAAUCAGGGUUAGGCUCUUUGAGGCUUCGUUCCCUUAACUUAGACCAUUCCCUCCCAAACAGAAAUAUAGAUAUUUCCUUUUACCUUCUGGCUGGCCAUUGGAUAGGGGGAUAAAUGUAGAAGAAAUCUUACUUCCCCAAACUUUUAAUUUUCCAGAAUAUUGAGUUUUGUCAUUUUAACAAGGAAAUAACAGGUUUUUGCACUUAAAAUGUUCUUAAUGAUUGUUAAUUAGCUCUGAAUUUUUGCUUUUGACUGCAGUAUUUUAAUGAUACAAAUGGAAACAUCUGCCUACCUAAUUAGUCAUCUCUUCCCUUGCCAUCCAUAGAACAAAAAUCUAAUUCCUCUUUAUAAUGUUUGUAUGAGUUUGUUUCUGAAUAUUGGGAAAUUACUCAGACCAAAGUGGUUGCUGUGUAUUAGGAGACCUGUAUCUAUCUGUUUUGCUGGAUAAAACAUCACAAGCUCUUCUCUAGUUUGUUUCUAGCCCAGCCCAAAGGGGCGCAUCAUUUUCCAUGUGGGUUUUCAGGGAAAGGGUUUGACUCCGAAGCCUUAUUACAGUGGUCCCUGGUGAGGUGUCAGGUCUAUGGUUGGUUAGUUACAUUAAUAAAUAUCAGUUUUACUGGUUCCUAGGUCAUCUUUAAACAUCUUUUGUAAUGCAGUAGGGAUUUUCUUGUAAAUUAAAUUACCUGUAACAAUGACAAGUGUUGUGUUUUAUGCCUACUGAACUUUUAAAGUGAGAUACCCAGUUGUGCAGUAAAAAAAAAAAAAAAAAAAAAAAAAAAA